AUGGCUUCAGUAUUCCAGGAGAAUCUGAAGGAGAAGGUGACCUGCCCCAUUUGCCUGGAGCUCCUGACAGAACCCCUGAGCCUUGACUGUGGCCAAAGCUUUGGUCAAGCCUGCAUCACUGCAAACCAGGCGAUGUUUAUAAUCUAAGAACAGGGGAUCAGCUGCCCUGUGUGCCGACUCAGUUACCAGUUCGAGAGCCUGUGGCCUAAUCAGCAUCUGGCCAGCAUAUUGGAGAUGCUCAGAGAGGUGAAGUUGAGCCCAGAAGAAGGGCAGAAGGUAGAUCACCGUGCACACCAUGGAGAGAAACUCUUAAUCUUCUGUAAGGAAGAUAGUAAGAUCACUUGCUGGCUUUGCAAGAGAUCUCAGGAGCACUGUGGUCACCAAUUCCUCAUAGAGCAGGUUUCCCAGGAAUAUCAGGAAAAGCUCCAGGCAGCUCUGGAGAAGCUGAAGAAGCAGCAGCAGGAAGCUGAGCAGUUGCAAACUGAUGUUCAAGAAAGGAGAACUUCCUGGAAGGCAAGAAUCAAAUACAGUGUGAGAGAGAAUUGUCCAGAGUUUGAAAAAUUGAGAGGCAUCCUGAACUGUGAAGAGCAGAAUCAGCAGCAAAAGCUGGAGAAAGAGGAGGGAGAUAUUCUGAAAAUCCUGGCAGAGUCUGAAAAUGAGCUGGCCCAGCAGAGCCAGGUAGUGAGAGAUCUCAUCUCAGAUGUGGUACAUUGAUUGCAGGGGACAGUGAUGGAGAUGCUGCAGGAUGUGAAUGGAAUUAUGGAAAGGUGUCAGAACAUCACCCUGAAGACACCAAAAACUUUACCUAAGAAACAAAGAAGAGUGUCUCAAGCUCCUGAUUUGAAAGGGAUGCUGCAAGCAUUGAAAGAGCUGAGAGAUGUGCAACGCUACUUUGGUAAGGAGAAAUCACAGUAUCAUAAGCCACCCUGUUGUCAUCAUCUUUCAGAACUCUUUGAUGUGAAACUGACUCCAAGCAAUGAUUCAAAUACGUUCAUUUCUCCAUAUCAGAGAAAAAAGGCAUCUUCUUGGAUGCCAGUUGACUCUUACUGGAAUGGCAAUGAUUAUGAUUAUGGCAUCUGA